CUUCUUUGCCACGUGCAUAGAAAGUGAAAUCCCUGGCGCAUGCUGCAGCGGGGAAAAAAGAAAGUUACGAAACUUUUCUGGUUAGGUAAAAAAAAAGCAUUGAUAAAAAUACUCUUGUUUGCCCUUAGUUCAUCGAGACUAUAGUAAAAGUCUUAUACUGAUCAACACACCCAAAAACCCCAAUGGCUAGUUGCAAGAAACCAGAAAGCGGUAAGUCUGUCUGUGAUGGAAAGGAUGAAGAGUUCAGUGAAGGCUACUAUAAGAUCUGCUGUUUGAGCAACGAGGGGGAUGUACAAGGACACUUCCUGAAGAUAGACGACAACCAAGUGACAGCUAAUGCCAGCAGACACGACGAGAAAGCUGUACUUAAGAUCCGAGCAGUCCAGAAUGAAAAGGAUGAGCUGGUCAUGAUUAUUGAGAACGGAAACAAUGAAGCCCUGUCCGUGGAACAUGAUGAAUUGAAUGACAAGUAUCAGAUUUGUGUGCGGAUGAAUGAAGAACUUGAGCAAGUCCAUAAAUUACGUGAUGCAGAACACUACAAAAACAAUUAUCUCUUCAAAAAGGUUCCCAGGGAACCUGGCUCAGAAAUAUUCCAGAUCACCUCGAACGCCACUAUCGAUGGAAAACCUUUAACUGUGGCCUUUGACGAAUAUGGCAAGCCGAUGGAUCCGAUGCAAAACCAUCACGAAGACGGGAGCUUUUUCAGGCUAUUAUCAGCAUAAACUAUUAUAAUCAUUAUAAGAACAAUGUAAAACAAACUUGUUCUCUGUACGACAAACAAUUUAAACAAGAAUUAAAUAUAAGCUAAAGGUUA